UCCAGUGCGCAUAUAUUAACACUGUUUUUGCAAAUUUUGCUGUUUUCUUGCACUAGAUUUACAUUCGCGAAGAUUACAUUAAUUUUAACACGUGUUCUAAUGCCAUCAUUUUGUAACAAUAUUAAAAUUACGUGCGCUUACAUUAACUGGUAAAAUUUGUUGAAAUUAAUUGUUUGUGCUCUCGUUGGCCGUUACAUUAACGUUGUUCACCCGGCGCCACUGUGCCGCCUUGGUCUGCUCGCGCCAAAACGUCCUGGUCUGCACCCUGCAGUACACAAGAGACUGCCUGAGCUCAGAGAAAACAUUACUGGUCUCGGUCCAACAGUUCAGUGGAAUCUCAGCAGAUUUAUUAACAUAGCCGUCUAUAUUAUAACACUGUAAAGAUAAGCUUGCCAGCGCGUCUUCCCUGCCGAAAUUAAUCAUAUACAGCCCAAGAACAACGUCUGCUGUCCAGCCUGUAUUCCUUCCCCAACCGGCUUGCAAAAUUACAGAUACUAACGCCCAGUUAAAGAGAGCUGCAGAACAGAACAUGAUGCUUGGGAAUACACAGCGAAGAGGUGCGGCCACUGAGCGUACGCACCAAACUGGACGCGCAUUCAGUCCCAAUUCAACCUCCGACAAUGCACAACAUUAUCGCAACCAUCGCCACAAAUAUUACUGUGAUUCCAGCGAUUCAGAUAACCGCCGGUCAUCCAGCCCGCGCCGCAAUGACUUACGCAGUGAACAUUACAGAGAGCGCCGGUCGCCCAGUGCAGACCGUGACCGUGCACGUACAGAACGGUAUCGUUCACAACACCGUCCCUACUCGCGUGAAAGUACUUACAGUAAUGAAAAGGAGCGUUCACAUUACCGGGAAAUUCGCAAUCACUCGUCCGAGAGCGAUCGGACAUAUUACCGUGAGCCGUACCGCAGUUACACGCCCGAUAGUGCGCGCAGCACUGAACCUUAUUCUUUGCGAUAUCGCUGUAAUUUGCGUAAGCGUGACCACACGAAAUAUUACAAUCGCAAAACUUUCGACGUAAGUAAAAAGGUACAUCCGAAAUACAUAGAUUUCGACAGUUACAGAUUGAAUAACGGAAAAUUAUUUUGCCCGAAAUGUUGUGAUUUUUUCCAUUCGUAUGGCGAAUGUAAGAAUUUUAGCUGCGAUGACAAGCAUACUAUACCGCGUAUUUGCCCUGACGAUAUUAAGGCCAACGUUCAAAAACAAUACGAUGGGUUUGUAGAACAGAUGGUAUGGCGGAAGGGAAAUUCCUUCUGGAACAGUCAACAAGGCAAAAGGUUGAACGAGUAUAAAAAGGGAGGUCCUUAUGGACAUGAGUAUAUCCCUCCCGUAUUUUACACUAUCACUGAAAGUACAUUUUACGCUGAUCGUGUGAAUGCUUCCGUAGCACGAUGUUCACGAAUAUUAACGGAACAACGCCAAAAUCUGGGUACAGCUAAAUUGUUUCAGCCUCAUACGCCUUACAUUAACAACUGUGUCAACGAUGUUACGACUUCAACUGUGCCAAAUUGCUCGAUUGAUUCCGAAACGAAUAUUACACCGCAAACAAAAGCCAGAAUGCAGUUAUUGGAAAAAUUAUCGCAUAUUAAUGCGGACAGUACGAGUACAUUAUGUGCCCCCACACAGUGCAGACAGGACAAUGAAGCAACCGCACAAUCCUCACAGACGCUUGCUUCAGUGGCUGUACGUCACACAGAUCCAGAGAUUCCGAGUACAUUAUCGCCCAGACCGGCUAAACGCGAACUUACAGUCGAUGGUCUUAAUUCUACACUGGAGUAUAUUAGCAAUUCUCCAUUCUAUCAGAUGAUGUUUAGCAACCCGCACAGGCUAAACAUACCUACAGCUACAUUAAAUUUUGCCGAUACACCCAAACCCUCCCCACGCCGCCGGAAGAACGCGGAAAAUUUCCGGAUACCGUGAGGGACCCCUUCCCAAUCCCGGACAUUCUCAGCGGAACCUGACUGUAGGAUCCUUCCGAUCGCCGGAUGGAUUCUCGUGGUAGUUCAACGUGAGGGACCACCACGCCGUACGUUAAGGAUCAUCCCGGACCAUUGUGUUCUAUUGUUUACUAAUUCCUAACGCUUUGUUUUCCUGUUUUCCUACGUCUUUCGUUUUGUUGUCUUGAUGAGACAAGUAUAUCUCAUCGCUACCGUGAGGGAUGUAGCGAUAGUAUUUGUACGAACGAUAAGACCGCCCAGUUAUGAUUCAUUCCAUCGCGUUAUGAAUUUGUGUCCCCGUUACCGGCUAGUUUCCUUUCUCCUGAAUUUCUAGAAUUCAGUCUUGUGCUCAGCUUGCUACAGCUUGCAUCUACUUGAUUGUUCCUCUUGCUGAAACCCUUGCUUACAACCUUGCUGUGUUCUUGAUUCCCUUGUCAUUAAACAUGCCUUGAGUUACGUUGUUGCGUUUGACCGCUUGGGAUGAACUAGCGUCAUCCCAAUCGGAGCCACCUGUGUAAUUGCGUUACAUCUGUAAGAGCGUCCUCGGCCAGCAUCGUUGCCGGCCGUGCCACCUUUCACACCAACAGCCGUUUAAUCGUGGUAAAGGCUGAUCGCCACCCCACUAGAACAGUAGCCAGAUAGGCCAC